AUGUUAAAAUUUUUGUAUCCUGCUUUAUGGAUUUCUCAAUUUGGUGUGGACCAAGGAUGGUCUAGUUUUAAUGAGAAUCCAAGACUUGUCGGCGAUGUCGACGGAGACGGAAAAAGCGAUGUAAUAGGCUUUGCGAAUGAUGGAACUUACGUCUCUUUGUCAAGCGGAAAAGAUCUUGGAAUUGCAAAAAGAUGGGUCAGUAAUUAUGCAAGAUCUGCAGGAGGUUGGGCCAGCUAUAAUCAAUACCCAAGAUUUGUAGCAGAUGUCAAUGGAGACAAAAAAGCUGACAUCGUUGGAUUUGGACAUGAUUUCACUUGGGUAUCAAUAUCAACUGGAUCUUGGUUCACAGAGCCUUCACCUUGGGUCAAAAAUUAUGCAUAUGCAGCUGGAGGCUGGAGUAGCUUUGAUUUAUACCCAAGGUGCCUUGGAGAUGUAAACGGUGACGGUAAAGCUGAUAUUAUUGGCUUUGGGGGUGAGUAUACUUGGAUUUCUUAUUCAACAGGCUACUCAUUUGCAAGUCCUCAAAAUUUAAUAUCAGAAUUUUCUGUGGCUUCUGGGUGGAGAAGCUUUAAUGACACGCCGAGAUGGGCUGGAGAUGUAAAUGGAGAUGGGAAAGCUGACAUUAUUGGCUUCAACAGUUCUGGAGUAUGGGUUUCGUUAUCAGUUGGAACUGGAUUUUUAGCUCCUACACUUUGGUCAGGAUGGUUUGGAAAUUCUGAUGAUGCUGGGCACUGGACAAGUUUCGAUCAAUUUCCAAGGUUUGUAAGAGAUGUUAUAGCCAAAAGCUGCUUAUAACUCACUCCAAGUGACCAUCUUUCAGCCUUAAUCAUGGAAUUAGUUCAGACUAAAAGUUGCCAAAUCAACUCCACCAGCUUUACAAGUGUGUCUAUAGUGGCUAUUUGUCAAGUCAUAGAUUUGUUUGGUAACUUUUAGUCAGAACUAAUUUCAUGAGUUAGGCUGAAAGUUUGUUGCCCAUGCGAGCUAUAAGCAGCCCUGGGAGAUAACGGUGAUGGAAAAGCUGACAUUGUUGGAUUUGGGCUAGCAGGUAUUUAUGUAGCUCUUUCAAAUGGGCAAGGAUUUGAUUAUCCUUUAUUGGUGAUGUUCCACUAUGGGAAAUUAGCUGCUGCUGGAGGAUGGAAUUCGUUUGAUAGACAUCCAAGAAUGAUAGGAGAUGCAAAUGGAGAUAGAAAUAAUGACAUUUUUGGUUUUGGAAUUGCAGGAGUCCAUGUUGCUCUAUCGCUGAACGAUGCAAAUGCUAUAAAUCCUAUUAACUUAAAGAGUAUCAAGGCUAAUAGCACCGCAUGUGACGCAAAGUGCACAAGUGAAUGCAAAGAUUAUGGCCCGAGAUCGAAUUGCUUGGAUAAAUGCAAGGCAACAUGUGAUUGUGACGCAAUAGGAGAUACUAAGCAGUCUGAAGUAGGCUCUUUUGGAGUUUGGAUAUGGAUUGUGUCUUUUGCAAUUCUUGGAAUUAUCAUGUUGAAUUACUUCAAAGGGAUGAGAAAAUCCAAGAAAAUUCGUUAUGAUUUUGGAGAGGAAUCAGAAACUCCUUAUAUCAGGGCUUAA